AUGUAAUAAGAUUAAUAAUUAGUGAAAAAAUUUUCUGAAAUUACAGGAUGCAAGGAUUAAAUGAAAUGCAUACAUUAUUUAUAAAUGAAUAAUAACGAGCUUGAAGUAAAUAUUUUUUUACUAAAAUAAGAGAGCAAUUUAAUUAUAUUUAGACUUAGAAAUUCAAUAAUAGGAAGAUCAAAAUUAAUAAGAGAUUUAUCAUUAAUAAAUAAUUCCAUAAUAAUAAAAAAAGUAGAUAAAAUAGGAGUUUUAAUUAGAAAAAACUUAAGCUACUUAAAAUUUAAUAUUAAAAUAUUAGCAAUAUAAAGAGAGCAAAAUGGAAGAGGAUGAUAAUUUAGUAUCUAAUGUUUGGAAGAUAGCAAAAGCUAUUUGUAUUUUAUUGAUAUAUUGAUAGUUACUAAAAAUUAAAAUUAUGGGGAAGAAUUUUAAAAGAAUAUAUAAUCUAAGAAGAUCAAAAUCGAGAUUAAGUUUGAAAUGGGUUCGUUUUAAGACAAUAUCAAAAAAGCUUAAAAUAAAUAAAUUCCUCUUUUUGUCUAUGCUCAUGAUGUUUCAGGCUUAAAAAUUUUAGAAAAUAUGUUUUAAUGCAAAACUUUAGUAAAAUUUGUAAAUCGAUCAUUCAUAAGUUAUGCAUUUAUAGGUAAUGAAGAAACCUUAGUAUAAUUACCUACUUAAAAUAUUGAAUUACCCUCUAUUUUAAUAUAUAGAAUAAAUUUUAUUGAUGAAAUUUGUUUAAUGAAAUAAAUUAAAUUGUUUCCUUAAACAAAUUUUGAAGAAUUGGCUAAAGAAAUAAAAUAAAUAGCAUAUGCAAUUUAUAAGAUUAGGGUUUAAGAGAAUUUAGCAAAAAAUCAUGUUGAUAAUCCUGAGGAGAUUAGCUAAAGUUAAAUAGAAAAAUUUAGCUAAAGAUAAAUAGAAAUGGAAAAAAAAAAAUAAUAGGAAAUAUAAUAAAGAGAGAGGGAAGAAUUAUUAUAAAACUAAGAAAUGGAAUAUCUGAUUGCUGUGUAAAAAGCAGAGGAUAAAAAAAAGAGAAUAUAAGAUGAAAAACUUAAAUAGGAAUAAUUAAUUUAAGAAUAAUAAUGGGAAGAAGUAUCCAAAAAAAUUUUAUAUAGGAAUAACGAUAAUUUAUUAAAGCUUCAUAGCUUUCAAGUUUACCUGAAGAGCCAAUAGAAAAUGGAAUAAGUAUUUAAUUGAGAUUUUUUGAUAAAGUAUUAACAAGAAAAUUUAAUUUAACUGAUAAGAUAGAGGUAAUAAAAUAUCAUCUAGCAAUUCUUAGAGUAUAUUUGAUUUUGUAAUGUGUUAAGAUGAUUCACUUUUUAUGAAUCCAAAAGCUUAAAUUGAUUUAAUCUAAAAUUUUCCUAGACUUUCUUUAAUUGAUAAAAAGAAUAUGACAAUUUAGGAAAUCUUUAAUGAUUCAACUGGAGAGUAAUUAAUAAUUUUAGAAAUGGAUUGA